CGAAAUCCUCUCAUUUCCAUCUCAGCUCUACUAGACUGCUCUUAAAAUGUAGAAAUAUAACUAAAAAGACCGCUACAUUAAAAGUAUGACAGAUAAAUGAUUUGGACGAAACCAAUCGUGUUCCGCUUGCAUAAACGAAAGUUGGGGGUUUGUGUGUGUAUGUAGGGGGGUCGGAAGACGGCACUCCAACACGUCAUUUCUGUUUCGUAACGAUGUUUAUAAAAGUGUCAUUUCAAACGUCUUGCUCCUAACAUCACGUUUGUUGUCCCAGGUGUUUCAAAACAAAUAACUCGAAAUGGAACACUACGUCAAGAUAGCGAGAGAGUUACUCAAGAAGCACGCCGUUGGUAUCACCGUUGCACUUGCUGCAGGGGCAACCCUGCUGGCCUUGCGCAGGUGGCUGGCGGCGGGAGUGUGUCGGAGCAAGGCCAGGCUGGAUGGAAAAACAGUGCUGAUCACUGGCGCCAACACCGGCAUUGGGAAGGAGACAGCCCUGAAUCUGGCGCAACGAGGGGCAAGAGUGAUCCUCGCCUGCAGGGACCUGACCAAGGCCAGCGUGGCCGCCGACUACAUCCGCCGGAAGAGCGGCAACAGCAACGUGGUGGUGAUGAAGCUGGACCUGGCCUCACUGGAGUCGGUCCGAGAAUUGGCCAACAAAGUUAGGAUUGGCGAGGAACGUUUGAACAUCCUGAUUAACAAUGCGGGUAUCAUGAUGUGCCCCAAGUGGAAGACGGACGACGACUUUGAGAUGCAGUUCGGCGUGAAUCACCUGGGACACUUCCUGCUCACCAACCUUCUCCUUGACCUGCUGAAAAAGUCUGCACCAAGUCGAAUUGUCAUUGUCUCCAGUGUGGCGCAUGAAAAGGGCUGCAUCAACUUCAAUGACAUCCACUUCAAUGAUAACUACAAACCUGACGUGAGCUACUGCCAAAGCAAGUUGGCCAAUGUGCUUUUCUGCAGGGAACUAGCGGUCAGGUUAAAAGGCACCGGAGUGAACACGUACUGCGUCCACCCGGGCGUCGUGCGAACCGAGCUGGGGCGCCACCUGUUGCCGACGUCCCUGUGGAAGAAUCUGCUCCUGAUGCCUUUUCUGAUGAUGCUGAAAAGUCCACAGGAAGGAGCGCAGACUUCCAUCUUCUGUGCCGUGGACGAGAGUCUGGCCAAAUCCAGCGGCCUCUACUACAGUGACUGCGCUGUCAAGUCGCCAGCCCCGGCAGCCAUGGAUGACGGUGUAGCCAAGCGACUGUGGACCCUCAGCGCCAAUUUGGUCAAGCUGGAAUGAAGCCGGCGUCCAUUCAGGCCGCUCAGCCCAAUGCACACUUGCCGCAGUGAUUAUCAUCUACUGCCUUGUUUUUUUUUUUGUUUUUUUUUUUACAUUUUAAUGAGAUCCAUUAACUUUGCACAACAGACGCUCUGAUUCUGAUCUCGGAAAAAAAAAUGGGGCCACACUGAAAAGAAAAGUACUAGAAAAUAAACUUGUAGAAUGAUGAGAGAAGAUUUAUAUUAAGAGGAAAAAAAUACAUUUGGAAGGACACAUUUGGAUUAUUACUCCAAAAAUAUUUCAUGACAAAAAGCCAAUGUUUGCAUGACUGUACAUGGAAAAAAAUACGCACUAGAGUCUGGAUAUUAAGAGAUUUUAUACAUUGAAAAAUUAUGCACUAAAGUGAGUAUUAAGAGAUUUUAUACAUUUAAUGCAAAUACAGUUGUAAUCGUACAAUGUAUUAAACAAUCGUGACUGUAAUAUUAGCUACAUGUUGAGUUUUAAUUUACACUCCCAGAAUGAAUUAAUACAUAAAUGACAGAAAAAUUUUUGAAAUUAUUUUUCUUCAUCUCAUUUUCUUUCUAUCCCAAAACGUGCGCUGCUGCGUGUAGACCUUUUACUGUAUAUCCCGUCUUAUGUAAUGUUUAUCUUAUUUAAUGCUGUGUGGUGUACUACUGCUAUUAAAGAUUGUUUUUCUUUCUUCGUGU